AUGAGGGUCUGGGCCUCCAUACUAACAGUGGCGAUCUGCUUAACGCCCGCCUAUUCAAAGAUUAACCGCAAAGAGGUAGUGCAGAGCUUCAACCCAGUUCGAAAUGCGAGUUCCAAUUCAACUCCCGUCCAAGUAGGUAAUGGCAACUUUGCCUUUGGAGUUGAUAUAACCGGCCUGCAAACGUUCAUGCCAUUUGGCACUCUUUCAUCUUGGGGCUGGCAUAAUUUCUCUUUGCCAAUAGCACCAGGCCAAACCUCACCGGCAGAUUUCACAGGCUUGGACUGGUGGACUCAUGGCAGACUUGUAAACUAUGACCAGUCAAAUCCCGCAGAACCACUCAUAUCCAACUGGAUGGUACAGAACCCUCAGCGGAUCAACCUUGGACGAAUUGGGUUUUGGUUUGGCAACGAAACUGUUACUGAGACAGACUUGUCAGAUAAAUCUCAGACUUUAGACCUCUACUCUGGGACGAUCGUCUCUCAGUUUAAGGUCUCGGGAUCACAAGUGAUUGUCAAGACUUACGUGGACCCAGGUUCUGACUCUGUUGCUAUUCAAAUCGAAUCUGAUCUUUUGAAAGGCGGCCAACUGGGUGUAUUCUUCGACUACCCGUAUUCAGAUGUCAACAAAUUCGAUGCUCCAUUUGUCGGAGUUUGGAAUGCUACAUCACAGCACUCUACUUCACUCCAAAAGAGCCCAAAGCAAGCCCAAAUUACCCAUAACAUUGAUAAAACUACGUAUUACACAGCGAUUCAGUGGUCCGGAUACGCUUUGAUAAAUGGACCAUCGAACUCUACUCACCGAUAUGUCCUCCAGCCAAGAGGAGAUUCGAGUUUAGACUUGACGGUUAACUUCUCGCGAAAGAGUAAUCAAGCUGGAGACGAUGCAAGUUUAAUUGCCAAAUCAUCAGCGGACUGGUGGCAAGAUUACUGGGAGACUGGCGCUUUUAUUGAUCUCACCAGAUCAAAUAAUGAAAAUGCCACCGAGCUUCAGCGUAGAAUUAUACUUUCCCAAUACCUUCUUGCAGUCAAUGAAGCUGGACAGGACCCGCCUCAGGAAUCGGGGCUUGUAAACAAUGGAUGGUACGGGAAAUUCCAUCUGGAGAUGGUUGUGUGGCAUCUGAUGCACUGGGGCCGAUGGGGAAAAUGGGCGUUGUUGAAUCGAAGCAUGCCUGGAGUCUAUGAGCGGUUCCUACCAACUUCUAUUCAAAGAGCGCAAUAUCAGGGUUAUACCGGUGCUCGAUGGGGCAAGAUGAGUGAUCCAUCAGGGAGGUCAGCUCCCGGAGAAAUCAACUCGCUCUUGAUAUGGCAACAGCCGCAUCCAUUUUAUCUCGCUGAAAACGAGUACAGGACUUUCCCAACCCAGAACACUCUGCAGAGAUGGGAUGAAAUAUUGACACAAUCGGCUGAGUUCAUGGUCUCUUUUGCUUGGUACAACACCUCAACAGGUUUCUACGACCUCGGUCCCCCAAUGUACCCAGUCUCCGAAAACACCCCCCCAAACGCAACGUUCAACCCAACGUUCGAACUCGCCUACUGGCGUUUUGGCCUCACCAUAGCAGCACAAUGGAAAACCCGCCAACACCUCCCCAUCCCCCCUUCCUGGCUGCACGUAGCCCAGAACCUCGCUCCCCUCCCCAUAAUCAACGACACCUACCCCAUCUACCAAGACAUGCCAAACAUGUGGACGGACGCCACUACAGUCUACGAUCACCCCGCCAUGACUAGGCAUCUACGGCCUCCUACCCCCAACCGCGGAUCUCAAUCUAACACUUCGCUCUGGGAUUUUGCACAUCUCUUUGGCUGGGACUUCCCCAUGCUAGCUAUGAACGCCGCAAGACUCGGGCGGCCGGGAAAAGCGGUCGAGUAUUUGCUGCAUGCUGGUUUUGCGUUUGAUGAUGUGGGGAUGCCGAUUGGGGGGCCCAGGGUAGCGACGCCGUAUUUUCCAGCGUCGGGGAGUUUGCUGCUGGCUGUGGCGAUGAUGGCGGGAGGUUGGGAUGGGAGUGAGGGGGCGCGGUUUCCGGUUGGGUGGAAGGUAGAUGUUGAGGGGUUUGAACCUGCGCUUUAG